GCAGCCGCCGCCUCCCAUAGAAACCAACAGAGAGGCAGUCAAGGGCUGUGAUUGGACAGUAGCCAGUGUGUGCCCGCCCUCUUUAUUAUUUAUUGUUGUUACUGCAUUUAUAUCCCGCCUUUUCUCAAGGUGGCGUUCAUGGUGCCUCUCCUCCUCCUCCUCCUCAUUUUGAUUCUCUCAACAACCCUGUGAGGUCUUGCUGCUGGAUUUGGCCCAGGAAGACGAGGCGGCCUGGCUCUGACUCUCCACAGGCGGCCCUGACCUGAGUGGUGCUUGGUCUGGAAAAACGCAAACCAGCCUCCGCAUGGGAAAUCCUGAACUGCAGGAUCUCAUCAUGGCAGACUCCCCCCCCUGCAGGCAGCUGUGCUUAAUGGGGUGGUGGUGCAGUCCUACAUGUCUGUUUGGAAGUGAGUAGUCCCAUAGCGUUCAGCGGCUGUUACGCUGAGGUAAGCAUGAGCAGGACUGCAGCCUUAGAAUACUUGUAUUGCUCACAAAGCAGCUUGCAAAAAAUCUCAGCACAAAACUGGGCCUGGCCUAGGAGCAGAGAGUGCCAGCAACUGAGAUCCUGGUAGAAGCAGGGUGUCCUUUGGAGACAGUCUUACCGGUGGGCAGCUGGUGGCUUGCAGGGAGAGGUCCACGCAGCCCCCGGCACCACCUUUGGGGCCUUAUGGACAAGCUAAUCUGUGUUCCAUCUUCCAGAAGGAAGGAGCGGCCAGCCAAGGGCUAUAGUAAAGCUUAUAGCAAGACAGCGUGGGCAGAACGUGAUGUGGUCUCAACAUUUGAAAGCACUCUGCAAAAGCUCUUGCUGGUUGCAGUGCAGGAGAUCUCUUCAUCAGAAGGGGCAAGGAAGGACUGCUCUCGCCUCUCCCUGCCCUCAUAACUGGGCUUUCCCACUUCAGGGCGCUGGGCCUCCAGGACUGGGCCGAGAAAGGCAGCAGGUGGCUGAAAUGGCCCGGAAGAUGAGCAUUGAACAGCUGGAGGACCAGCUGCUGUGCCCGAUUUGCCUGGAGGUCUUCAAAGAGCCCCUGAUGCUGCAGUGUGGGCAUUCCUAUUGCAAGUCCUGCGUGGUGUCACUCUCGGGCGACCUGGAGGCGCAGCUCCUCUGCCCCGUCUGCCGCAAGGCCGUGGAUUGCAGCAGCUCUCCGCCCAACGUCAACUUGGCCCGCAUCAUCGAGGCGCUGCACACGGCGGGCGACUCGGACCCCAAUGAAGAGUCCUGCCCUCACCACCGCAACCCCCUCAGCCUCUUCUGCGAGCAAGACCAGGAGGUCAUCUGCGGGCUCUGCGGCACCAUUGGCUUGCACCAGCACCACAAGGUCAUUCCCGUCUCGGCCGUCUACAGCCGGAUGAAGGAGAAGCUCUCUGUCUUGGUGACUGAGGUGCAGAAGCAGAAGGCCAGCCUGGACGAGCAGGUCAGCAAGCUGAUGAACAACAAGACACGCAUCGGGAACGAGUCGGAUGUCUUCAAAUGGGUGGUCCGGAAGCAGUUCCAGGAACUGCACAGGUAUGUCGAUGAAGAGAAGGCCAGGUUCCUGGGGCAGAUCGAGAGGGAGGCAGCGCACCUCAUUGCCUCCAUCGAGGUUCAGGUGAAUCAGACGGCAGACACCUUGCAGAAGCUGAAGGAGUUGGAGAGUUCUCUGGAGAAACUCAACAACGAAGGCCAGCUGGAUUUCAUAAGGAAAUACAGAUCUCUUCCUUCCAGGUCUGAGCUACCUCACCAGCACCCACCCGACGGCGCCUUCAGCUCCCUCUCCUUUAAGCCCAACUUCCACCAAGAUGACAUCAGGAUGAUGGUCUGGAAGCGGCUCCUACGUAAAGUCCUCCCAGCCCCAGAGAUGCUGAAGUUGGACCCGGUGAGCGCACACCCCAUGCUGGAGCUGUCCAAGGGGAACAUGGUGGUCCAGUGUGGGCUUUCCUUCCAGCGGCGAGGCAGCAAUCCCGACCGCUUUGACUACAGCAACUGCAUCCUGGCCCACAAGGGCUUCUCCUGGGGGAGGCACUACUGGGAGGUUAUCGUAGGGCCCAAGAGCCACUGGCGCUUGGGGGUCAUCAAGGCCAACGUCAGCCGCAAGGGCAAGCUGAACAAGAGCCCCGAGCAUGGCGUGUGGCUGAUCGGCUUGAAGGAAGGAAAGGUCUACGAGGCUUUCAACAGCCCCCGGGUGGUGCUGCCCCUCUCGGCCCGCCCACAGCGCAUCGGGGUCUACCUGCACUACGAGAAGGGCGAGCUGACCUUCUACAACGCCGACAGCCCCGACGAGCUGGUGCCCAUUUACACCUUUCAAGCUGAGUUCCAGGCCAAGCUGUAUCCCAUCCUGGACAUGUGCUGGCACGAACGGGGCACCAACAAUCUGCCCAUCAUCCUGCCCACUCCCGCCAUGCUGCAAGCCCAAGAUGACUGCCCCAAUGCCCAGGAGCCCACCAAGUUAUAGGGGGAAGUUUCUGCCUGCCAAGCCAUGGAGGGAGUGGCACGCUGCUGCUGCUGUUCACAGGAGCGACUGAAGGAAGGCCGCAGACCUGCUCUUUGCCCUGAGCACAGCAAGUUCAGCUGAAGAAACCCUGAUCGAGACUGGAGUUGUGUGUCAGGAAGGCCCAGCUCCCACGUAACCAAGCUGGGAUGCAGAACCCUGUUGUCUUGAACUUGGCAACAAGAGGCAUAACAUGCUGGUUAAUUCAGGAGCCAAAUUAAGCAAGCCAACAAGGAAUAAGAGAGAGAGAGAGAGACCAAAACUUUUUGGGUCCUAGAGAAUCCCAACGACCCCACCCCACCCCCACUU